AUGCAUUUCUUAAAAGUUAAUUUGUGGAAUUUCUUUCCUUCUUAAUGCAUUUGAUCCGAUCAGUUGAACCAAUACUUUAACUAUAAUUUUGCCAAGUCGGUUAGGACAUCUACUUUGUGCAUGACACAAGUAAUUUUGUGGAGUGGUUGAAAAACGAUUUUAAAUGACUCCAACCUAAGUGUAUGUAAAGUUCCGACUUCAACUGUAAUAUAUAUAUCCACCUGGGUUCAGAGCUGCAGACCCAGGCAGAGUACUAUGCUGCAAAGGAGAUCUUAGAGAAUGAUCAGAAAGCUCCACAAGGUAGAUGCACCCUGGGCAGGUCACUGCCCAAGCCUGGACCAUCAAUGGAGGUAGGCCUACAUAACUUGAGCUCAGGCAGAGAGAGAGGUGGCAAGCUUGUAGUAACCCGUGCAUAGACAAUAUUAGCUUUGUGAAGGCAUCUAAUUUUUGUAAUAGCCCAGUUGUACAUGCCAACUUCUAUAUAAUAUGCCAGCGUGUGUGCAUGUGUGUGUGUGUGUGUGUGUGUGUGUGUGUGUAGAGUGUUGUGGAGCGGGAGAAGUGUCGACAGUGUCGACAGAAGUGUCGCAGCACAACAGGCUGAGGUUUGCUGUCAGGGCCAAGGAGUCACAGCUGCUGGAGAUGGAGCUGGACAUGAAGGUCCUGGAACUGGACUCCAUAUUGGAUGAUGACGAGCAGCACUACGACCAGCGUGUGAGACAGCUGGAGAACAGCCUAGAAAAGAUGACCAUCAAAAUCACAGAGGCUGAGAGGAUCCAAAAAACCUAUCUGCGAGUCUGCGACCACCUACAUCGGGAGGUGUGUGAGAUGCCCAUGGCUCUGGAUCAGCUGCAGAACUCAGUGGUCAGCGGGCAUUCAGAGCUAGGAAAGGUGGCGCACAUGUCUUACACCGCAGUGGCUGCAGUGGACUGCACUAAGAGUCAGCUGGUUCACGUGGAGAGGCAGCUAAUGGUGGAACGCAGAAUGAUGGAGAAAGAGUUGACUGAAAGGAGGGGAGCGAAAGAGAAGGAGGUGGAGGGUCGGCUGGAGAGAGAGAGGGAGGGAGAGCGACGGAACAGCAGAGUAGCUCAGAAGUUGAAAGAGCAGGGUUGGAGAGGGUCGUCUACCAGAGAGGGACUGGCUGAAGAUACAGCCACUAUCAGAGCCCAGCAGACCGUCGCGGCCCCCAUUACGACACAGUCCGUCUUCAAACUGGUGGAGGAUAUUGAUGCUCUGAGAGAAGCCCUCAGCUGCACUGAUCUGCAGGAGCUGGAGACACGGCUGGCCUCUCAGAAGGCCACCAGGGAGCAGCUGCACACCCAGAUAACACAGUGUGAGGAGUUGGUCAGAAAGAGCAUGGAGACCCUGGCUACCCUUGAGCUCCAGUACGCCCAACUCAAGUUCAGCGCCGGACCCGGUUCCGACAGGUUUGAGCAGCUGAAGGAGGAAAUGCAGGUGGAGCUUGAGCAGGAAGAGGAUUGUUGCAGCCAAUGGGAAGCCAAGCUGGGCAAGGCCCAAUCUGUGCUGCAUGGGGUGGAGCAGGGUGUCAACAACCUGUUCUUCAGGAUUAGCUGUGUGCAUGUCAUGGUAGUCAUUUUAGAUGGUCAGCUCAGUCUCAUCUGGCCCUUUCGUGGUCACCAAGAAAAACAAUCACCUGGUCACCUAUCAGCCAGAAAAUGUGUUUGGGCAUUCCUCAAGGCUCUGUUCUUGGACCACUACUGUUCUCAUUAUAGAAACUAGCCCUUGGUGAUGUUAUUCAGGAAUAGAGAGGAUUCUAAAGCAAGUGUUUUUAUCUUGCUUUAGGACUCUCCCAGGCAGUUGGGGGAUCUGGAUGCCACCGAGAAGCUGAGGGAAAUCGGUGUCCGUCUGCUCACACUGCAGACCACAGCUUCAGAGAAAACACUGCCGACCAUGAGAAGGUGUGGAGCUUCCUGGAGCAGAGCAUCAUGAUGGAGCCUAGAAACUGCAAAAGGGCCAGCAGCCCAGUGUACAACAGCGUCUCAGAAGACACGUUCCAGUUCCGCAGUCUGGAGGAGGACUGCACCCUGUCCCGCAAGGAGAUCAAGUGUCGCAGUAUCCAUCUGAUCGAGGCCCACCAACCCAAGAAGAAAGCCCCGAGGGGCACCAAGAAGAGCUAGAGGCAUGUUUCAGAGAGAAGGACCAGACAGCCUGACAGCUGUGGCCCUCUACAUCCUACAGGGAGUAAGGCUGAGGAAUAAUAAACAGACUCAUAGUAUGAUUUUA